CUUUCAUCCGGCUCCCUCCCCCUUCCUCAUUUUCUCUCCACGCUCCCUUCGCCUCAAUUGCAUGAUCGCAACCUCAAUCUGAUCCGUCGUCUUUCCGUGUGAGAGCAUUCCUCCACCUCCGCCGACCGCGGCCCCUCGGGGCAUUCAUGUGGCUUAUAGCUGCCGCUAUCGCUAGUCCACCAGCAGUCAAGAAUCCGUGAUGGCGCCUCCUCGACGGAACCUCCUACCAAAGGACCGUUUCGCAUACUCUUUCGGCGGUCUCAAAACCCAGAGCUAUCAUGAUCCUCUUUCCCGCGCCCCCGGAUCCCACACGAUCCGAACGAUAGCAUGGAAUCCUACCGGUCAGCUCAUCGCGACCGGCUCUGCAAACCGUACCCUUCGCAUUUGGAACCCCGAGCGUGCGCAAGCCAAAUAUUCGACCGACCUUCGUGGCCACGCCGCGGGCAUCGAGAAAGUCCUUUUCAACCCGGUCCGGGACUCGGAAUUGGCCAGUUGCUCCACCGAUGGUACUGUGCGCAUCUGGGAUGUUCGGUCUAAGUCCUGUGUGAGCCAGCUCGACGUUGGGGGCGAGGCGUUUACCAUGUCCUGGUCCGCCGAUGGAAGCGUGAUGAUGGUCGGAAGGAAGGACGAUACCUUGGUCCCAAUUUCCAUUGAAUCGCCCUCGACCCCGACGAUCCUCGACGGAGCACCCACCACGACUACCUCUAAUGCUGCAUCGCUCAAAACCCCCGGCAUCCCAUCGAUCUACAAGACCCUUGAUUCGCACCCGCAAUCGGUCCAGACCAACGCCACCACUUUCUCCAAUCACAUCUCUAGCCCUACCUCCCCCGAUCUGCAUCUCUUCGCCACGACAGGCGAAGGUACCGUCAAGGUCUUCUCCUACCCCUCCUUCAACGUCAUGCACACCCUGAACGCCCACACAUCGGCUUGCCUGGCCAUCGCCCUCGCCCCGACGGGCCGGUACCUUGCCGUCGGCGGCAGCGACGCUCUGAUCUCCCUCUGGGACACGACGGACUGGAUCUGCCGCCGCACCGUAUCAAGCAACAACGGCGGCGCGAUCCGCGGCGUGAGUUGGAGCUUCGACGGCCGCUUCAUCUGCGGCGCCUGCGACGAGGCGAAUCAUGGCGGCAACGGCAUUGAGAUUUUCCAUGCCGAGACCGGCGAGAGCGUCUACACCGUUCCGACGGGCGGUGGUGCCAACUCAGGCAUCCCUGCCGUGGCGUGGCAUCCGUCGCGGUACUGGUUGGCAUAUUCGACCAUGGGCGAUGGCCCCGGAAGCUCGGGGGCUGGUGGGUUGAAGAUCGUGGGUGCUGCGGGUGGUGGCUUGUAGAAUGAGCCCCCCCCCUUUCUCUUUUCCUAGACUUUAUUUCUUUCUGUAUCAAAAGGGGGGUUGCCGUGUUUGUGAUGUCGAGGUUCUAUGUUCAUGUUUAUGAUAGUUUCA